GUUUACGGGAUGACGUGUACAGGAAGACAUGCUAACUGCCUGAGAACAGUGUCGCUAGUUAAGAAUGGCAGGCGUUAGCAGUGCAUGACUACUUUCUGUCAAUAUAUUUAAUUACAUGUACUGUUAGGGUUGUUAUAUCUUCCAAAAAUAAGAAACAUGAGUGCGAGUGUAAUUUCAGCCUAACAUUAGCUAGUAAAACGUAAGCUGCUGUCAGCUUUCAUCACUAGAGACAUCCUGCUCCUGACAGGUAUUGUAUGAGCCUGCUGUUUGAUCACUGAAGCCAUGGCUAAUCCUAAUGAUCUACAAUUCCAAGAGUUUGAGGAAGCAGCAGAGCUGUUGUCUGCAGACCCGGGGGCCUCCACACUCAGUAUGUCUGCCUCAAACGCCAUCACUACAACAGCAGCAGCGGAAGGAGAAGGAGAGGAUGUGAAACUAGACCUCUCAGAGGAUGAGGAGGGUCUGGAGGAGAGUUCAGAGCUAUUAGGAGGACAGAAACAAACUGGUGGCUUCUGGACCUUUGAGUACUAUCAGUCUUUCUUCAAUGUGGACACAGUGCAGGUACUGGACAGAGUUAAGGGGUCAUUGAUGCCAUUACCAGGAAGAAACUUUGUAAAACACUACCUUAGGAGCAACCCAGAUCUAUAUGGACCCUUCUGGAUCUGUGUGACGCUGGUGUUCUCAGUAGUGAUCAGUGGGAACUUGUCCAGCUUUCUCAGUGAGAUGGGAAACCCCUCCUACCACUACAGACCACAGUUCCACAGAGUGACAAUAGCAGCAGUUGUGAUCUUCAUGUACGCCUGGCUGGUGCCAGUUGGUUUAUGGGGUUUUCUAACCUGGCGGCAAGGGACUGAGAGGCAGGUCGGGGGCUAUUCCUUCCUGGAGACAGUGUGUGUCUAUGGUUACUCUCUCUUCAUCUAUAUCCCCACCUCGGUUUUGUGGAUCAUUCCAUUUGAGUGGUUGCGCUGGACACUGAUCCUGUUCGCCAUGGUGAUCUCUGGCUCCGUACUGGUCCUCACCUUCUGGCCUGUUGUCCGUGAUGACACCAAGGUGAUGUCAGUGGCUACAGUUGUGACCAUAGUGGUUUUGCACACACUGCUGGCUAUCGGCUGUAAAAUGUACUUCUUCCAGAUAGCAGUCCAUGUACCAACAACGGCCCCUACAUCCCCCCCGCUUCAUAUAACAGCGGCCUCAAGACCCCACUGACCAAUAUGAAGAGUCAUUGCAGGAGAAAGAAAAUAAAUCAAUAAUGUCUCUGUUGUGUUUGGAAUCACAUGCCGAUAUAAUACGAUGUAUAGGUAGGAAGGUCAAGGCAAUCUUGAUUAUUGCCAUUGUGUGAUCGGUUCAAUGCUCGCUGAUGGGAUGGGUGUGUGUGAUCGUUUGUCUAAUUUAUCCUACUGUGGCUCUACUCGGACUGAAGUAGCACUUGUUCAUUGCAAUAAUUGUACAUUUUGACUGUGAUGUCUGAGGAUGUGGUGCAAGUUUAGAAGAAGACAUUAAAAAUGAUUAAUUGUAUAGGGGAAAAAGUGUAAAACUUCUAAACGAAAUACAAUCAUAAAAGCACGCUGUGUCAUUCAGUC